GUGCCGAACACGCACUGAUCCUCGCGUCACCUCACCUUCUUCGCCGGCCGCCACGCCUCCCGUUCUCCGCUACUCCACUCUACCUACCGCAGUACCGCCCCACGCUUCAGCGCUCGGCCGCCGCCCUCCAGUCCGCACGCACGCACGCACGGCACGAGCUCGCCGCGAUGUCAUGGCUCGCUCGCUCCAUCGCCGCCACACUAUCCUCCGCCCACUCUGACGACGACGAUGAAUCCGAGUCCCCCUCCGGCGACAAGAGCCCGCCGCGCGCCUCUGACCCCACCAGCGCUGACACCGUGGAGUCCGACGAGCAGCCGGACACCCCGAGCCGCGGCGUUAAGGGCGAUAUCUCGGAGCUGACCGAGUCCCUCACCCGCCGGUUCUGGGGCGUUGCCUCCUUCCUCGCGCCACCGCCGGUUGAGGGAGAGGCGGGGGAAGAGGAGGAGGAGGAGGAGGAGGAGGAGGAGGAGGAGGAGGAGGAGGAGGAGCAUGCCGCCGCUGCGGAGGUGCCUCAGUCCCCACGGAUCGACGGGAUCCGGAGUGACCUGGCGGAGAUCGGGGGCAGGGUGAAGACCGGCAUCUCGAUGCUGUCGAACGCCGGCGCGGUGGCGGAGAUCUCCAGGAUCGCGUCGUCGUUCCUGCCAUUCGGGCCUGGGGAUCAGGGGGAGGAGGAAGAAGGCGAGGCGGUCGGUGUCACCGAGGAGGUAGUGGUGUUCGUCAGUAACAUCUCAAAGCAUCCGAAGACAUGGCUUGAUUUUCCCUUGUUUGUUGAUGACCGACACACGGAUGAUUUUGAACUGUCAGAUGCACAGUAUGGACAUGCAGUUGCUAUAGAGCGCCUUGUGCCAAGCCUGUCAUACCUCAGGACUGAGCUUUGCUCUACCAAUAUGAGUGAAGCGUGCUUCUGGAAGAUAUAUUUUGUGCUUCUCCAUUCGAAACUCAGCAAGCAAGAUGCUGAAAUUCUUUCAACACCACAAAUCCUGGAAGCAAGAGGACUAUUGCAAAGUUCACCAACGAAGAACAAGCUGUUAUCAGAAAACAGGAAUACUACAGAACCUGAAGAGAGUGAGUUGUCACCGUCAAGCAUCCAAAACAAGCACGGAGUAACUGAAGUGCCGUCAUUCCAAGAACUAAACUCUGACCAUGUGCCAAAUGUUGAGGCUGACAAGCAUCCUAUCUCAAGUGCUGAGGCAGAAAUAGUUGACAAGUCUGUAAUUCAAGAAGAGUUGGUAAUGAAAACUGAGGCCAAGAGUUUACCCACUGAGAAGUCUAACCCUCACCCUGCAGAGGAUGAUGAUGAAAAAGAAGUAGAUGAUUGGCUACAGGAUGUGGAUCAUGUGUCCAGCAAAACUGGAAACACCACUGCAGUUGGUGAGGAGGAAGAUGUAUCCUUCAGCGAUCUAGAGGAUGACUAGGGGGCUGAUAUCGUGCGAACCAGCUAUGAGCACAUUGCUAGACGGUGGCUUCAUGAAGAAGUGAAGAACACUUAGUUUCUCUGUGCCUCUGGCUUUACCACUUCACUGUCUGGUUCUUUGGUUGCAGUAGCAGAAUCACGUAACAAUGUCUCUCGCGCGUCCCAAUUCCAUGUUGUAUCUAAGCGGUCUAUCGUUUUUCUCUGUACAUAAAGUUCUAGACGCGGUUCUGCAUUUCCCGCUAUAUCGCUGUCCUUAAGAGCUGCUUUUGAUACGAGAUCCAAACGUAAUAUAAUAGUAGUAUCAUCUAUAAGCUUUCAGAUAUCAUGUAUCAAUUAGGGCAAGUACAUUGGUCUUGUUUUGUA